AUGUUCGCAACUGACAGUGUUGAGAAUGGACUGGACCGGAACCCAUCUACCCUUGUCAGUCUGGGUGAUAACGCCCUGCUUGAUGGCGACCUGCUUGAUGACGAGCUGAGGUUGGUCGCUCUGGAUGUGCGGCCAUAUAGGGAGGCGCUUCGUCAGUCGUUUGGUGAGGAGCUGGCUGGUGACGAGAUGUCUGAUGCCGAGAUCCGCGAGAUGGUGUUCUGCGCUUGGGACACCCUCAGGGCCUCCUUUGAGGGUGGCCUCGGUAUUGACGCCGCUGUGCGACGGUUGUCCAUGUGGGCCAGGGUCGAAGAAGCCAUAAAUGCAUCUGACCCUUUGAAGACGACGUUAUGCGCUUUCGGCAUCCACGCUUUUAUCUGCGCCUGGUGGGCUGUCAGCCGCCUUGUCCAUAACCCCUUUUAA